CACCGCAAGAGCAAUGCAGAAAGAGCAGUUACAGUUCACACCGCGACUCAAUACUUGACGCGCCAGUUUGAUCCUCGAAACAACCGCUUCUAUUUGUUUGUGUUUGUUUGUUUUUCUUUCGAACUAAAAUUCAACUUCGAACUUUUUGUUUUAGAAACAAGGAACAGAAACAGACCUUGUUAUGGAAAUCAAAACGAUCCUGUUUUUAAUUCUGAAUGCCCACACAUGCACUGCCAUCUUUAACGUUAGUGCUGAAGACAGUUUAGCUGAAAAUACGACAACUGUUCAGCUGGUUAAUCCAGAAGAUCAUCAUGAGAAACCCAGAAAAGCCCCCGCUGGACGCAGUUUUGCUGUUCAGCGUGACUAUGAAACCCAGACGGAUGAGCCGAUUGACUACAAUAUGGAUGAGACAUUGCCCAACUCUUCUUUAAUGCCAAAUAAAACUCGUAAAGAGUUACGCCAACAAGCAUCCCAAUCUAAUAAAGGAGCACAUCCAUGUAACAUCACUGAUCCGAAUGCAGCAAGAUGCACAAUCCCGAUACUCAAGAUCUCAGACAAGGCUGUUGACUUCCUUAAAAGCCCACUGGCCACACGCAUCAUGCCCUCAUUCUACAUCAUCAUCAUCCUCAUUAGUUUGCCCCUGAAUGCUUUGACCUUGGUAACAUUCACCUGUAGGAUUCGAGCGAAGAAACCAGCUGUGAUCUACAUGUCUCACCUGGCGUGUGUGGACCUGCUCUUCACCCUGCUGCUGCCUCUGAAGAUCCACUACCAGCUGAACGCUUCAGAUUGGGUGUUCGGUGAGGCGGUGUGUUGUGUGCUCAGUGCAGCUUACUACUGCUACAUGUACUGCUCCAUACUGCUGAUGAUGAGCAUGAGUGUGGACAGGCUGCUGGCUGUAGUGUUUCCCAUCGCCUCUCUGACCUGGAGGAGCACAAGGAAAGCCACAUGUGUGUGUGUGCUGGUCUGGCUGCUGGCGCUCGCUGGUACAGUGCCACUUCUCUCCAUAACACAAACAUUCAAGAUAAAGGAUGUGGGCAUCACCUGCCAUGAUGCAUUGAUCCACAAUGACCAUACAGAUCAGCAGUACAUGUACCAGUUCUCCAUCCUCUCCUGUGUCUACUACUUUGUGCCACUUAUUGUCACCUUAGUGAGCUACUCCACCAUCAUAUUUGUGCUCCGAAUCAAGUCUAAUCAAUUUGCGACAUCAUCAUCGCUAUCAGAAAAGCGAAGUAGAGCUGCGAUUAUGGCUAUUGCUGUGCUGAUGGUGUUUGUGGUGUGCUUCGCACCAACCAAUGGCAUCCUGUUGUACCACUGUUUUCUUUUAGCUACUGGAUUCAACAGCGGUGAGGGAGAUUUAUCAUAUGCAGCUUACCUGUUGGCUGUGUGUUUGGGGAGCGCAAGUGUUUUUCUGGACCCUCUUCUGUACUAUUACGGCUCGUCUCAAUGCAGACAGAAGAUCAGCUCUGUGUUUUGGUGGAGAUGGGGAAAAAGCACCUUAUCAAAUUCAAACAGUCAGACAAAAUCCUCUUAUGUAAGUUGUGAGUACAGUCAGGCACGCAUUAAGAUGUGAAUUGUUUCGAAAAAGAGCUGAUGAAAUUUUCUGAUAUUGUGCUAUUGACAGAAGAUUGAAUUCAAAGUCUGGCCACAAAUCCUGAUUCAUGCUAAAGCAGGAUAUAUAUCCCUUCCAUGCUGUUAUUUUAAAAAAUCCAGCAUGUUACUAGGUCAAAUUGACCCAACCUAUUCACUGCUCAAGAGACUCCAUUUCCUGUUUGUGACUGAGCAUGUGUAAGAAACACAGUGUUACUGAAAGCAUUUUACAUCGCCAUGUUCAGAUCACAUUUCUAGAGAAUGUCAUGCAAUUUCAGGCUGAAAAAUUGAAAGUUAAGUGGCAGUAAAUCUGUCUAAAAGAGGACAGAAUAUUGUAUAGAAGAAACUUAAAACAUUCUAUUUUUGAAACAUUUACUUGAUACACUUUCAUUCAAUUUUGAUUGCAAGACAAUUACAAAAUUACACAAAUAUUUGUACAAAACAGAUAAUAAAACAGAUCAUGUUGUUAUCUUUAUAUUUUCUGAAAUAUUAAUU